AUGGCCGACACAGCGCCAACGUCGCAGCCAUCAGAAAUACUCGCAGAAUUACUACAGAAAACAUUAAUACACAUCUCGCAGCAGGAGUAUGAGCAGGCACUUCAGCACUCGGAACAAAUUCUCGAAAAAGACGCAGAUAACGCAGAUGGCUUACAAUUUCGUUCACUGUGUAAUCUAGAACUAGGCAACCCAGAAGCAGCCUACGAAGAUUUCUUUAGGCUGGCCAAUUGUGGUGAUUUGGAGAGAGAAGUCGAUGCUAAAUUAUAUCUUGGGCAAAUGGCAGACGGCGGUGAGAAUUCGUUGGAGUGUUUCCGUAGUGCGUUUGAGAGUAUACUUGGACUGCUUGAGCGACAGCAGAGUGACGCCGGCGAACAGACCACUGAUCUCAAGAGAAAGGCGACAGCAACUCUCGUCAGUUUAGCAGAGCUGUACAUGACUGAUUUAUGCUUCUCUCCAGACGCUCAACAAGCCAGCUUCGAUUACCUCAACCAGGCACUCUCUAUAGACAGCACAGACUGCGAUAUACAUACAAACCUCGCUUCACACUCCAUAUCCUCACAGCAGCCAGCCCAACAAUCCCUUCAACACGCCCUCAAUGCCUACAACUGCUGGAAAGAGCUUCCCAUUUCAGAUAGCAUGUUUCCUACAACCGAAUCCAUGCGGUCGUUAGCCAAGGUGUUUGUUGAGCUUGGCGAUCUCACAAAUGCCCUCGACAUCGCAAAAACCGCACUCGCCGUAGAUGACCAUGACCCUGAGACGUGGUAUAUCGCUGGCUGGAUACUAUUCCUCGAAGGCGAUGGAAAUGUCACUCCAUUAGAUGGCAUCGGCAGCAAUAACACCCCACCAAGACCAAAAGAAGUUGCUUGGCCCGAGUCUAAAUUCGCUUUAGAGAGUUGUGCCAAGAUAUAUCUAGAGGUAGAAUACGACGACCAGCCGCUGCUAGAGCAUGUCACUGAACUGCUAUCCACGCUGAAAUCCUCCAAUAUUCCAACAAAGCCAUUCGGGGAUGCGGAUGAAGAUGAGGAGGAGGAUGAAGGUGAGGAGUGGGUGAGUGAUGACCAGGAUGAAGAAGACGGCGAUAUGCAAGUAGACAAGUAA